AUGUCUGCAGAAAGUAUUAAUUUAUUUCAUAGCGGAUUGGAAAAAGCGUUCGAGCGACUAGGUAAGCAAAAUAUUGAGCUAAAGGAAUGUCAGUACGAAGCAGUGAAGGCUGUAGUUGUUGGUCGGAAGGACAUAUUUUGCGUCUUGCCUGCUGGUUAUGGAAAGUCACUCAUAUACCAGCUUCUUCCAUUCGUGUUUGAUGCCUACUUGGGUCGUGAAAAUACGAAUUCUACUGGUAACUCAGUAAUUGUUAUUUCGCCAUUAAACGCCUUAAUGGUUGAUCAGAUUACUAAACUGAAAAAGCACAUGGAUGUUAGUGUUUUGAAGGCCAGCAGGGAAGCAACGUCACCAAAGCACAGCAUGCGGUCGGAGAGGGGUUCAAUUUAUCAUCAAAUUGCUCAUCCAAAUCAGAUAAUAUUUGCUCACCCAGAAGCCUUAUUGGAAGAUAAGAAAAUGUUUCAAAAUAUUUUGAAGUCAAAGUCAUAUCAAGACUCUGUUAAAGCUAUUGUGAUUGACGAAGCACAUCUAGUGGAAGAAUGGUAAGAAUUUUAUUUUAAUAUAAUACUGAGUUUUAAAUUAUAAUAUGGUUGAGGUGCAAAACAUGUAAAAAAACAUUCAGAUUGAGCCUGAACUAUAAUUAUUAUAUAGCAAGUUUCAAAGUUCACUUUUCCUAUAGUUUUAUUGAUCGAGGGUAUGUCAAGUUAGAGUCAAGAAAUUAAUAUUAAGCUGUCUCCCUCUGACUUUCCGGCGAGCAUAGGUCUCUAGAGCACUGGAGCCAGCAGGGCACCCUUGGAGAGACUCCACAGACUCAAUGGGUAAAAGAGUAGGAAGCAUGAUGAUUGUGCAUUGCAGCUGGACUUAUUAACCAUUACUGAACAUAUCUUUUUCUUGUUUAGGAAAAGUUUUAGACCUUGUUAUGCGAAAAUUGGUAUGCUGACAAGUAUUUUUUCCAAGAUCCCAUUUUUGGCAAUGACAGUAACUGCCACGUUGCAGAUGAAAAAGGAUAUUACAACCAGUCUAGGAUUGAUCGAUCCAAAACAUAUUGAGAUAAGCCCUGAUCGUCCUAAUAUCUUCUUCAGCUCAUUGCCAAGACCUGAUAGAGGGGAUGAUAAGCUUCAACCUAUAUUAACUCCUCUUAUUGCAGAAUUAAAGGUAAAACGGUUGGAUUUCCCUCUGACAUUAGUUUAUGGCAACUUGCAAGUUAUUGGAGAAUGUUUUUUGUUUGCAAGCAAUAUGUUGGGGCCUUUGCAAUAUGAGCCAGUACAAUCUAGCAAACAUUCAGCGAACAGACUAUUCACACAGUUUCAUGCGCAAUAUCCAGAACAUGAACGGGAAAGGAUUAUACAGGAUCUGGUAAGUGGUCAGUCCAAGUUAAGGCUACUAUUUGUCACUGUGGCGUUUGGUAUUGGUGUUGACGUCCAUGACAUCCGUAGGAUUAUUCAUAUUGGAGUCCCUCGUACAAUUGAGGAAUAUUUUCAAGAAGCUGGUAGAUGUGGACGAGAUGGACUUCCAGCAUCUUCCACAAUAUAUUACAACUCAUAUGAUUUAGCAUCAUCUCGUAACAUUUCACCCCCCAUGAAAGAGCUUGUAACUGUGGCAGAUAAAUGCAAAAGGGAAAUAAUUUUGGAUUACUUUGGUUACAAAGUAGCAAAUUGGAUUAAACCAGAGCAUACUUGCUGUGAUUUUCAUCAACAGAAAUGUAGCUGUGAUGACUGUGUUUUGAGUUCAGCUGCUGAAAUGUUAGAAAAUGCUGAUUCUGGUGUAUUGGAUCCAUAUGUUAUUAAUGAUCCUGACUACAUGGAAGCUGUUGAAGAAAGAUCUCUUUCUCUUACAACUAAGCAAAAAGAUUUGCUAAAGGCAUACUUAUUGAAUUACAGGCAGUUCCUUCAUGGCUAUGGAAAGAGUUGUGUUGGAAAUGUUGGAUUAUUUACUGGGUUUAGUUUGGAGCUUGUUGACACAAUUAUUGCUCAUGCUAGUGAGCUGACAUCACUUGAUGAGGUAAAAGCUAAACUGCCAUUAUUUGAUGAUGUGGUUGCUUCUGUAAUUUUUGAAAUUUUAAGGAGUAUCAAAAACACUUAA